AUGGAUAAAAAUGAUACAUUUCUAGUAUUAGAUAAACCAGAUAUAAAAAUUGAACCAUUAACAAAUUGUCAACUGAAAAGAUACAUUUCUGGUGAUGGAUAUAAAUUACAUAUAAUGUGGAAAAGUUUAACAAAUCCAAAUGAUUCUAUACAUAAUGAUGAAUCAUUCUGGAAUGACAUUGAUUUGAAGAGAGGACUUAGAGCAGAAUUAAGAAAAGGUUACAAAAUUCUACUUUCUAUUUUGAUAACACUUGUUAUAUGUCUUAUUGGAUUACUUUUUGCUUUGAUAACUGCAGAUCUUAUUUUAAAGAAAAAUUCUUAA